GUCCCUCUACUUUAAUAUUUUAUUCGUUCUUGUCCCUCUACUAAGGUCAUGUUCGUUGUCGUCCCUCUACUCUCCAAAGAGCCAAAACGUCGUCCCUCUACUUGGCUUUUUUUGUUCGUUGUCGUCCCUCCACUAACACCGUCCAUGUUGCCGUCACUGCUGACCGUUAAGUCCCAAACGGUCAGCAGUUAAACCCAUCUCUUUUUUUUUUUUUUUUACACAUAUGCUGCCUCACUCAGCCAGCACAGCAGCCAUGCUGGUCAGGAUCACCAGCUCUGAAAAUAUUUCUCGUUCUGGGGCUAGGGAUGGUCGUGCAAGAGAAGCUGGUGAAAUUAAUAAGAGUUUACUUACUUUAGGGAGAGUUAUGAAUGCUCUUGUGAAACAUCUUGGCCAUGUACCUUACAGGGAUAGUAAGCUCACUUGGUUACUUCAUGAUUCGCUCGGAGGAAGAACCAAAACGUGCAUUAUAGCCACAGUUUCACCAGCUGUUCAUUGUCUGGAGGAAACCUUAAGUACACUGGAUUAUGCUCACAGGGCCAAACAUAUCAAAAAUAAGCCUUAGUUCAGAUGUUUAUCAUGCACUGAUAGAUUUGCAGUUUCUGGUUAAAUGAAGAAAUUAGUUUUUAUUUUUAUUUUUGUUCUAUCUCCUUUGCUUGCUUUCCCAAACAAUUGUCAAAUACAUGCUA